GGUGCCACUGAAGAAGUGUUAGUUGCGGUCAUACUCUCGAUCAGCUGUUUUAGACCGCAUUAUUUUGUUUACUUUAGUUUACCAUGUCGGAAGCCGAAGAAACUUGUCAUUUCUGCCGGGCAGCGCCAUUCAAGUACACCUGCCCCAAGUGCAAUGCACUCUACUGCAGCGUGGGGUGCUACAAAUCACAGGAACACCUUAAAUGCUCCGAAGAGUUUUACAAAUCCUGCAUUCAAGACGAACUCUCCGGAGCCUGGGCUACACAGGAAAGCCAGGAGGACGUGCGAAAAAUAUAUGACAUUUUAAAGAGAAUGCGGGAAACAGACGGCGGUUUCAAUCCGCAGGGCUUUGACACAGAUGGAUUGGAAAACCCGUUGGAUUCGGAUGAUGGUGAGGAAGAAGGAGCGGAAAAAGAUGACGGCGAAGAGGAACCCGGCGGAGAAGAUCUACCCGAGGAGGACUUUGAAGAAGACAUUGCAGCCCGUCUAAAAGGCGUCGAUAUCAACGAUGCGGAUGAAGUUUGGAGCCGACUCACCACGGAGGAGCAAGAAGAGUUCCAGAAACUGAUUACCAACGGCGAAAUCAUGAAGCUCAUGCCGGACUACAAGCCCUGGUGGGAGAAGCCAAAGAACUCCAAGAUUGUGGUCAUUCCCACACCAGAAGAGGCUGCCAAGAAAGCGAGCUCCGUUCCCGAGAUAUAUGGUAACAUUGCCAAUUUCUCGGAUAUAUGCAAGAAGACACCUUCGCCCUGUUUGCACUACAAUCUGUGGAACAUUCUGAGCGCCUACGCAUGUGUAGCUCGUUUUUUUGGUGGCGAACAGAGAACCAAUGCCAGCGAAGCGGUGGCCCAUCUGGUUAAUCUCAGUGCAACUUUGAAGUACGGCACAAACUUCGAGGAUGCCGAGGAUGCAAUAGUCUCCGUCGAGAUGGAAGCCAUCACCACUGGCAACGGGCCAGCGGGAGCGGCAGCUGUGGGUAGUGCCGGAGGGGGAUCAAAUUUCCUGGUCGAAAGCAGGGAGCAACUCCACCAAGAUGCCCGUCAGCUAAUGGCUACAACGGACAAUAAGUUGGCCGCCUUGAGCGAUGUGCUCCUUCUCCUACAGCAGACCAAAGCAUUAAGCCGGCGGAAGAAUGCCCAGGAAGCCGAGUUCCAAAAACUUUUCGCUCUGGCCAGCGGCAGUGUGGAGCUAGAUCGCACGAAAUUGGCGCAACUUAUGCGGAAAAUCGAGUUCUUGCUGUCGUACGUUGCGCGGGAAGAGGUCCUGUGAGAUUUUUGUCAAAAUAUAUCAUCUUAUUUAAAUUAAAAA